CAUUCAGAUGAGAGCGUAUCCAAAGACGUGGCCUUGGCGUCAUCAACGUACUCUUUAGCGAGAUCCUUUCGGUCCUAUGUCAUGCCAGACCACCUGCAGGCAUGGGAUGCUGUCACCGCUAUGCUUUUGCAUUUACGAGAUGCUGCUGGCAAAACGUAUUUAUCCGCAGACUCAACCUAUUCUCAGUUGAAGUCAUCAAGAGCCGGAGACUUGCAUGUGUUCUUCAUCCGACGUCAAAAUGCAGGGCUCAUCAUUCGGAAGGAACGUGAUUGUACCAUCUUCGAAUCAUUUGAGGCAUCCCCUUCUCCAGAUGCUGUCAUGCAGGCCACUGGAAAACUUCUUUGUUCUUAUCCAGGGCCAGCUGUCAGCGUCCCGAACGCUGUGAGUCAAGAACCGGAGUUCCUGAAUCAAUUAUCAAAAUUCCUGGAGGGUUUGGACGAGGAGGAGUUUCUAGAUGCAGUCCCUCACACGAAGAAAGCCGGAGUUCUUGUUCCAGAAACCCGUGACACAAUCAACCCUCGAUAUGUUACUGAGCUGUUGACAGGCAUCCUCCUCGGAUUUGGCACCCCUGCCGACGUUCCUCGAGUCUCCAAGCGCAUUGGUGACGACGUCCAAUGGUUAAAUGCGGAGUUACCAUGGAGGCGGGCUCCGCUCUGGCUCGUCAUCAGGGUCUCGUUGCAAACUACACUCUCCAGAGUUACGGGCGGUCUGCUAGUAUACAAAUCAUUCAUCCUGUUCCUGAUCACCAAUAUUAUCCAGGAAGUUGUCAACGAUCACCUUCCGCAUUUCUCCGACGAAGUUCUCUUUCAGAUGUCAGCAAAGAUGGGUCGUAGACUUCAUAAGCUUGGGUCGUCUGCUCUUCCCGAGCUCGCGAAGAGUACUUGCAAGGUUGCCGAGGCAGUCCGAAACGCGUUAGAAGAACGCAGCAAAGCCCUCACUUCAUCUCCUCUUCCCGCGCUUCAGCUCACUACAUCUGAUUUCGAACGAGACGUGAACUUACCGUUGAAAAACAGUCAAUCAUGUAUUGAGCGAGCAUUAUCUUCCCAAGCGCCUUCCGGUCCUUGUUCUCCGUUCUCCAAAAAGCAUAGCCCUCGGAAGCACGAUAUAUCAGUAUUCCUCAAGGAUCUCGAGACGCAAAUUUCAGGUAUUCAAUACGAUGAAAAGUACAUCACCCUCAUAGACUUUGAAUCGGCUGUCCACGGGUCGCUUUGCGACUCUAAAGUCUGGUGCUCAACCAUAGCGGAUGCCGAUGCCACCUCCGUUAACAUCAUGAAGACCAUGGCCACAUAUUACGACCACGCUAUUACACUCUAUAAACACAACCCAGAGAACAUGUCGAUCAUGUAUCUAACUCUCUUCCUCCUUUGGGUAGCGCUGGACCAUCUCACGUUGGCGAAAAUACCUCUACUCUGGGAUUAUCGCCCUGAUUUUGAUCACACUGUGUUCCAACCUCUCGUUCUCCGGACACAUCAAUCUCGCACUUUGCUUCAAAAGGCUUUGAUUCAUCUUUCAUCACGCCACGCUCGAGCGGUCAAUAAACCUGUUCUCGAAGGAAUCAAGGACGAGUUCUCCUUCCCAGCCCGAUAUUUUCGCAGUUCUUUGACAUUGCAUGCGCUUAAGCAACGAAUUCAAAAUGAUGCUGAAGCUGACAAACGGGAAAAGCUGGACGAGCUUCACCAGAAAAUGCAGGAUUAUGAGGAGAAGCUGCGACUGGCCCAUGAGCUCAUCCACGAACGGUGCGAACAGGUGAGAGGGAAGGGGAUGCAGAAGAGGCGGGCAGAGAUAUGCACUAGGUGCGGCUUGGAAAGGGACGCCAAGAAGAUGAGGAUCGAGAUUCAUGAGUGGCCUUUACCUUCAGACCCCCUGCAAGCGGUGUCUGCGGUUUUCGAACUUGACUGUCCGAUAUCAUUUGCUGCGUGGCGGGAUGCUACGUACCACUUUGUCACCGACGUUCUUUGUCCGACCUUGUCGGUUUCUAGCGAAAAGCAAGAGUGGUAUGGUGUUUUGAGUCUCGAAAGCUCGUCCAAGUACACGCCCCUGGUCAAUUACGCGCGUAGUGUGGGAUUUAAUAGGCGCAUCACUCUGGGCUCGUCGACGAAAUCCUUCCGGCAGUCUCACUACCAACGGCUUUCGCUUGCCAAACACCCCAACGACGACUCUGUGGCUGUGAAAAAUGCCCUCAACUUUUAUCUCGUCGACACUACUCGCGACGAGCGUUCGGAUCGGUGGCUUGGUUCCCAGGAUAUUACUGAGCAUUGCACCUUUGUUGUCCCCCAAGGGCUUUACUCGAGUGUCUCAUUCGCCUUGAGAACUACAAGUCACAGCACAAACGAGGUUCUGGCGCAGCAAGCUGAAUGCCAUCCACAACUAUCACUCCGCGAGUACUGGGCGUACGCCAGUCUUCGCAGCGGGGGGCGAUUGCAAUGGAUGAACAUCCUUCGCGUGGUUAGGGAUCGGUCACUCAACUUUCGCGAGGUCGAGGUGUAUCUUCUUUGUACACAAGCCUCGCUUCAGGUUGGACCUCUCAAUGCUGGUUCCUUGGAAUCCUGGCAUUCUCUGUUAUGCGAUCAACCGUUUUGCUUGUCCUUGAUCCAAGAGUUGAGCAAGCUUCUUGCGGCCAUUGAGCACAACUGGCUAGAACUUUUCUCCAUGCUCUUCAUUGUUGAUAUCCUGCUCAUAUUAAUAUCCUCAUCUAUGUGCGAGGAUGUUAUUCGGGAAGCAAUGCGGUUGCUACGGGAGUGUCGCUCGACAAGUUUCACUUGGCUCGAAGAGCUCUCCAAACAUCCGGACCUUCAUCAGCACAAACAAACACAAUUGCGCACUCAUGAUGUCGCUGCUAUCUGCCUCGCUACAUUCGAUACAGAAGCAGCUCACAUCGACUUCGUACUCUCGCGAAAUGAGCCUAGCGAUGUUAUGCAAAUUGUUAAGGCCUCGAUUCUUUUUCAGGAGUACACUCCUGCACCGGCGCAUACUUUACCGAAUAUCUCCAGACGGCUUUCGGAGCGAGCCAGGCGCUUGGCUGUACUUCUGGAGUCGCACCUGUAUAAUCGCAUAGCAUCAGAUCGUACAGGACUCGAUCAAGCCCUCCAGUCUGUCUGGAGCGGAUAUCGCCCAAAUUACGAGAAGCCGUGGACCCGCUUGAAUUCCCCAAGCCACCGCUGGGUUUGGUGCAGAACACUUCAGACUACUCAACAGUCAUCUCAGACGGUGCAUUACGACCUCCUGAGCGGGGCCCUGCUCGUGGAGGGCAAACCCUUGGCAAGGUUACCCUCGUCAAUUACUCAGCAUCAAACAUAUGCUCAAUUGUUCGCCGAGCAAAUAUUAGAGGUUGUCCCUAGUGAUAUCCCCGGAAUGCAAUACGCGACCAAGGUACUUAUUCAGAAUCACCAGGUAUUCUUUGGGCUAGUUGACAACGUGCCAGUAAUUAGGGCAAAGCAAGUUCAGAGUGAAGUUAUCUUGGAACUGAUCCCAUCCGAACAGCUGCGGAAUGACAUCCCCCUUCCACUUGUGAACGGGCACAUUCAUUGGCUUGAUCUCGCCUCACGGGUCAUUGAAGUUCGACCUGAGCAUCGAAGAUGGGAACCCUUGCACGAUUCUGAUUGGCGCAUCUACUACUCAGCUCGUUGUUCACGCAUGGUUCGCCAGUUGGGACCAAACACGUUCUGUCAACUAGUCGAUCCCUCAAGUUUGUCGGGCAACAUGCUGUCCAAGUACUUGGAUCCUAUAGAGUUGCCGGCUUUUCAGGUUGUGACGUGGACACCAGGUGCUUCCUCUGGAGAGCUGCUAGCUGAGCUACCUCGAUUGGGAAUUUCCUUCUUUCUCAACCCGCAGGGAAGACUGCAGUCUCGCGAGCUGACUAACUAUGCCAUCGACCAAAAUCAAUCAACCGGAACGAUGUUUGGUCUGCAAAACCAACUGAUUCUCGCACCAAAUCCCUCGGAUGACUGUCAUAGCGAAGAGAUGUGUCGUGUCAUUAUUCCACGAGGGUCUGUUACUUACACAACUUCGUCACGACACCCUCGCAUUUCCAUCCAAAACCCCGAAUCCCUGACCAGAGUUUCCUAUGACAUCUACAAGGUAGACACACUCCUCGGCCGACUGGAGCUUGAUGGCCUUUCGAGCAUAACCUCCCGUCUCUAUAAGGCCUACCUUCAUGCCAUCAGUACUCAGUGCCUGCCAGAUUCCUUGACUCAGCGCACAGGAACUGAAGAAGCUCUACGUGAACUUCGCUCGGCAGCAUGCUUGUCCUUCAGCUCGCUUCAUGACGAUGAUAUUGUCCUGCUUAGGUGUAUAUCAGAACUUACGCCUCGCCGCCACUAUUAUCCGCCUAAGCGCGAGCGAAUGCAAAGCGUACUCUGGGGGAAGCUCAGUUCUAUAGCUCAGCAUGAAGGAUAUCGUGAAGCGGUGGCUAGCAUCGUGACGCACGCCAAACACAUGAACACAAUCGAUUCCACUCUGUGCCAUACGAUAUCAGAACUCGCAAAGUCAGAAGAGGAAAGCAACGACUGUCCAAAACUACUUCUCCGAGCAAAACUUCGCAGACAGGUCAUCCAACGUGAUGGUUUUGCUAGCCUCGAGUGCGAUUUACAGGACUCAGAUGUUGUCUACAACUCUCAGUGGGAUGUCUCACGCGAUGCUUUGGUUCAACAAGUUUCGAGCACGUCUGCUAUGGUGUUUCGUUGGUCGAGAGGCCUUUCAGUGCUCCCACCUUCAGAUUUAUUCGUCGUCAUGAAAUCCAUUUCUUCCGGGUCUACUUUGGAGGGCCCAAAGCCUCGCCACUCGUCUUUACAACAUAGCCGCGCCUGGCUUUCCGAACCAAGGACCAUCUGGCUCACUGCCCUGGAGUUAUGCCGAAAGGCGCUAAAUAAGUUCCAGCUUCUUUUCACCUUAUCGUCAAUGUCAUAUUGCGCCCUCUAUCGCGAGAGACAGGAUCUGCUAGUGGUUUUGUUCUGCAUCGCUUAUGAGUCAUCCAUUGGCUCGGUGCCUCCCAUCUUUUCGCAAUCAUCGUACACACUUGGUGACGGAACAGACUUGGACGCCAAUACCCUAAGUGUGGUUAUCUCCACUCACUGUCGCCCUCUUCGUGACUCUCCAGAGGGAUCCUGGACUCGGAGAAAUGGAGAAAGUCAAGUCGCAUUUCAAAGUCGUCAAACUGAAUCUCGCUCAUCUGUUCUGUCUAAACUCGAGUCCACAUUGUUAGACGCCUUUGUCUCGCAGUGGGAUAUGUGGGACAUGCCUCAACCGCCGCCUGGAGACUUCUCGCUCUAUUUCGACUUGGAAAAUAUGCUGAAAAAAGUUAGCUACUUAUUCGACAGCUGGCGACGGAACAGUAACCUACAAGCGUAUACUAGAUUACUUCAAAGACGAGUAUUUCAAACCGCAUGGUCCACUAUCAGCACCAAAGGAUACUCCUUCUCACCUGCGAGUAGAAGGGCGAAAGCUCCUCCCGCGAACAUAUCAUCUCUCGAUUUAUUUUCUCGGACAGUCUGUCGUAGAUUUUCAUUUCCAACGUCGCUCCUUGCGCAAUACAUCGGCAUGAAUACACACAAGAAACAAGUAACGCAAGACUCGGAGGACCGCCUGCGCUCGCUAAUAACGCGAAUUCGAGGCCUGUCGCAAGAUCGUCUCUACAACAUUUACACGCAAAGUCUGGAACGGAGCAGGAGCGCCCUUGCUAUCUCUAGCUUCUCUGACAUAAACUGGAUCACAGCCUCCAAAACUGCGGCGUAUUUGGCUGAAGAGGAUCUUCAGCGGUGCAGAGACCGUAUGAUUCUGUCAAGGGACGUGAUCGUACGAGCUCUGGCACCGCAACAAGAUCACGAGAUGGCCUUGGCGCAUGCCGGACUCUGGCCUAGUUUCUCGACUUUAUGUCUUUUGCGCAACCUCGACCUGCAUCAUUUCUUUUCGCUCUCGUCUGAUUGGAAACACACAUUCAUCGAUUUCGCGCGCGUCCUGAUUUCGAUGCAAGCUAGUCAGCGGCGUGCUGUUAUGGUUAAGAGGAGCGAUUACCAGGACCUGAUACGGGAUCUUGAACAUACUGAGCAGCAAUAUUACGUGACGACUGCUUGUCCUGAUUGGCUUCUUCUGCAGAUUGAUGGUGACUUCACUCUCCGUGACGUUCAGCACCAAAUCGCAGGCGAGAUGGCAUCUCAAGACUCUGAUCAAAGCAUCGCCCUUCAGCUCAACAUGGGUGAAGGGAAGUCAUCUGUCAUUGCGCCCUUGGCUGCUUGUGUCAUAGCAGACAAAUCCAAGCUUGUCCGCCUGGUUGUUCUCAAGUCGCUCGCUGCUCAAAUGGCCCACACCAUGGAAAAUCGCCUCACAGGUCUUGCGAACCGUCGAAUUUAUUACCUACCCUUCACACGCUCCACCCUACUCAAUUCGAAGACACUCAAUGCCGUAAGGUCGGUUUUAGAAGAGUGCAGGGAAAGCGGAGGAAUCCUCAUUGCGCAACCAGAACAUAUCUUGUCAAUGAAGCUUCGCGCGGUGGAGUGUCAGCUUUCCAAAGACUCUACUUCUGCUGCCGCACUUAUUCAUCUCCAACGGUUCAUUUUCAACCAUGGCCGGGAUAUCUUGGACGAAAGCGACGAGAUUCUGCAUGUCCGCUACCAGCUGGUGUAUACCUCCGGCACACACCAACGGUUACAAGGGCAUCCAAACCGUUGGAGUACCACCCAGGAGAUAUUGCGACUAGCUCGCGGGCAUCUGCAUCGGCUCUUCCUGCAAGAUCCAACGAUGUUCUCCGCCCAGGGAACGACUCGGUCUGAAGUCGCACACACGUCCGCAUUCCCGCCAUUACGACUAAUUCAAUCGUCUUCUGCGGCCAGCCAGCUACUACGACUCAUCUUAGGUGACGUCUUAGAGGGCCGACUAUCCAAAUGCAAUCUUCAACACUUUGACGGAUCUGAGAAGAGUGCGUUCGAAACAUUCAUCUCGGUACCGUCCGUGACUACUUCAACACAGGAAGUCUUAUCAGGUCUACGGUCGCGAGGCGCAUUGGAUGACAAUUUCUGGACCUUGACUUUAUUACUUCGUGGGCUCAUAGCUCAUGAAGUCCUCAUUUUCUGUCUCAGAGAUAAACGUUACCGCGUUGAUUAUGGACUUGACUUGCAGCGGUCAAUGUUAGCUGUUCCUUACCGCGCCAAGGAUGUUCCCUCUACCAACGCCGAAUUCGGACACCCCGACGUCGUGGUUCUUCUUACAUGCAUCAGCUAUUAUCUUUCAGGUCUUUCAGAGAUGCAACUUGGAGCAUGCAUCCGAUUCCUCCUCAUUAGUGACAACCCAGCAGCAAUAUAUGAAGACUGGAUCUCCCUCAUACGAGCAUCCGACCUUUCCGAUUCACUCAAGUCCUACAAAGGUCUCAAUUUCGACUCAGUCGAGCAACGACACCUUCUCUCCGAAAUGUUCAGUUAUAAUCAGGCGACCAUCGAUUUUUACCUGCGCACCGUUGUCUUUCCUCAGCAGGCAAAAGAGUUUGAGAGUAGACUGGCGACCUCAGGCUGGGACAUCGUAGAGUCCAAGAGGCACAUUACCACUGGAUUCAGCGGCACCAACGAUUUCCACCAUCUUUUACCGACAUAUAUUGUUCAAAAAGACCCCGAACAUCAGCUCUCAACAAACGCUCGCGUCCUUGAUUGCAUGCUGCGCGACGAGAACGACCACUAUGAGACGUUUGCCUUCCCUGAUGGCCUGCGAUUCGUGGAGAAGUUGUCACACAAGCGCCCGAAAAUCCGCAUGUUACUCGAUGUCGGCGCGCAGUUGCUCGAUGUCAAGAAUAAGGACUUGGUAGAUCAUUGGCUGCACCAUGAAUCCGUAGAAGACACUAUUGCCGCCGUUUACGUCGAUGACCGAGACGAGUUGACCGUGUUACACCGAAAUGGGCACGAAGAGCCGCUGUCGACCUCACACAUAAACCAACAUCUCGGACAAUGUAUUGUCUAUCUCGAUGAUGCACACACUCGAGGCAUGGAUGUCAAACUACCCUCUGGAUUCAGGGCUGCUGUAACCCUCGGUCCAAAGGUGACGAAAGACCGAUUAGCACAGGGUUGUAUGCGCAUGCGGCGUUUAGGCUCGGGUCACAGCAUCGCCUUUUUUGCCCCUCCAGAGGUGGAAACGAGAAUUCGCCACAUAUCCUCGAAGAAGGCAACGAGUAAAAUCUCGGUUGAAGACGUGUUGCUUUGGGCCAUCUCGGAGACGUGUGCAGAGAUCAAGGCGCGAGCCCUUCAGUGGGCGUUCCAGGGUGUCGAUCAUGAAAUUCGUUACAAGGCGUGGUCCAAUUUUCUCAACGCUGAUUUGAAACUCUUCGACGGAGCAGAGUUCGACAAUCUUCGACAAGCAUGGGUGCAGCAGGAAGCACGCUCACUCGAAGAGCUAUAUGGGAUUCGUUCGAGCAAUCUCGUGAACCCGCUCAAAAAUAUAGUCAAAAUCCCGCGCAUCCACCAACGCUGUCUCAAGCUCGGUCUUUCCUCUACCUCUGUGGAACAACAAACCUGGCUAGACGAAGAGCAGGAAAGGGAGGUAGCCCAUGAGGUCGAGCAAGAAGAGCAAGUGCAACGCCCAUCUUCCCAACCUCCCUGGAAGCAUCGGCUUUCAGCGGAUGUGAAGGCUUUCGUACAGACAGGUUCCUUCUCAGACCAUUCUUCUUCGUUCAUUCCAGCCAUCUCGCUCCUAUCACAUACCUCAGCUGAGUUUCCGAGUGGAUGGAAAGGGCAGAUGUGGGCAACGGAAGACUUUGCCAGAACCGUUCAAAUACCACGGGGAUCCAAGCUGGACUUCUUUCGUCCUGUUCAGUGGGUGAUUUCAACUACAGCCUUAGUAGGUCACACUGGCAAGGACACGGCAUUUGUCUUGGUUAGCCCGUUCGAAGCGAACGAGCUGCUUCCUGAGAUUAGGCGGUAUAUGAAGGUUCAAUUGCAUGUUUUCACUCCGCGGCUCACAUCGGAGAUGGCACCUUGUGACGACCUCCAAUUCUUCACAGUUCCUCUCCUCGAGCAGUCUGCCCUCAUGCCAGCCUGUGCUCGCAUGGAACUGAUUCUGUUCUCAGGCCAGCUCUACUUGUCAAGCUACGAGGAGUACAUUGAACUCUGCAAAUUCCUGGGUGUAUUUGCCAACGACUUGAAGAAUUUACCCAAGCCUCACGUCUCUCACGAUGGCUUCAUUGAACCUCGGGGUCGCCAAUUUGGCAUACGAGCGGAGUGCCCCUUCUCAAGCAGUCCCAUACCCGCGCUCACUGCUUUGGCGAGCAUCCGGCUGAAAGGAAUGAGCUAUAGCCAUACGCACCUCGGGAAGAUAUUGAGUGGUAGACUCCUCUUCCCCGCAGACUUUGGCUUGGGUGGUGAGUUCAUUUUUAGCGCCCAAGAUGCUCUGCUCAAGCAUGAUAAAGACGAGGGUCCAAGGUCUUGAAUUACUCGUUUCAUCUUAGCCGC